AUGACUAAAAAAACGAACAGGGCCGUGCAGUAUUUUGCCGGCAUUUGUGCAUCGUUUGCGUUUACAUUAACUGGAGCUACUAUUUCGUGGCCGUCUCCUGUGAUUCCAAAGUUCAAAAGUGGCCAAGCAAAUAUACAACUCACAGACGGGCAGAUAUCAUGGAUUGUGGCAUUGGCGGCGUUGGGUGCCCUGCCUGGUUGUUACGUCGGCCAGGUCCUUAGCGAGCGUGUUGGGCGAAGGCGAACGAUUCUUUGUGCUGCCUUGCCGGGAAUUGCAGGUGCGACGAUGAUCUUAUUCACGAAAAUUGCUGAGAUAAUGUAUGUCGCGAGGGUGUUGAUGGGAAUAUCGAACGGGAUUACCGCAGUGGUGACGAUGAUUUACCUAACAGAAAUUGCUGACAAGGAAAUUCGAGGUGCCCUAGGCAUGUUAGUCCAGGUGAUGAUAAACCUCGGAGCUCUUGCCAUGUACGGCAUAGGGCCGUUCGUGUCCUAUAAUGUUGUUAAUUCUAUUUUAACAACAAUACCUGUAUUAUAUCUGCUGGUUUGCCUAUGGAUACCCGAAUCGCCGUACUAUCAUUUGAAAAAUGACAGAUUCGCGGCCGCUAAGAAGGAAUACAUGGUCAUUAAAGGAUGCAAAGAUGGGAAGACUGCAGAAGAGGAGUUGAGGAUAAUCCGCGCCCAUGUUAGAGAGAGUAUGGAGAACAAGUCAACGAUGAAGGAACUCUUUUUCAAGGACAAGUAUAGAAGAACUGUGUAUAUAAUAAUAGGUCUCAAGGUGUUGCAGUACAUGACGGGCAGUUUGGCGAUUCAGUCGUAUUUAGAAAUAAUCUUCCGACAGAGCAGUUCAGUGUCGGGGCCUUACGCAAGUAUUGUGUACGGAUUCGUUCAGAUGGGAGCCGGCGUGGGCGCAACGUUUCUGGCCGAUUACUUCGGCAGGAGAAUCCUAAUGAUCGUGUCGUGUCUAGGCGUUGCGGUUUCGUUGAGCGUCGUAGGGCUGUACUUUUACUUACAGGACACUGCUAGGGUGGACGCUGGUACGUUAGCCGCGCUCUCCUCCGUCCCCCUUAUCGGCGUGCUAGCAUUCAACAUACUCUACGCGUUCGGCAUCGGCAACAUCCCUUACAUAAUGCAAGCGGAACUGUUCCCGAUAAACGUGAAGACGGUGGCGUCCAGCUCCGCCACGAUGCUGGCGUGCGUUUUGAACUUCGCGGUAACGAAAUCCUACCAAGGGAUCAAAGACCUGUUCGGCCACUACACGGUGUUUUGGGCGUUCGCGUCCGUAGCGUACCUGGGCGUCGUCUUCAUCUACAUGUUCGUACCAGAGACGAAGGGGAAAACGCUUGAGGAAAUACAGGACAUAAUGCAGGAGAGACAUAUAGAAAUGGAAAUGUUAAACAGGUACGUUGGAGACGUGAAAGACGAAACGCGCAGU